UUAAGUUAUUACAAUACAUAGGUAUUUAUCGCUCGUUCUUUUGUAGUUAACAGUUGAAUUCAAGUUAAUAUUUACAUAAUAAUAAGUUAUGUUACAUUGUAAAUUUUUUUGCAAAGUAAUCCAAAACAACUAAAUAUUGUUUAUUACUAAUUACAUUACAUAUUCACAACCAUUAUCUAUAAUGAAUCCUAUCCAAAUAUCAAAUAUGAGACAAAAAACAAGUAUACUUGAUAAGUCUAUAAGUAAAGGUAAAGGCGAGAUCAACAUGAACUGUUUUGCAUUGAUGUUUUCUGAACUGGUACAGUACUGUCAAGGAAAAGCACAUACAGUAAAUGAGUUACAAAUGAGGUUGUCUGACUUGGGACAAGAAGUCGGUACAAAAUUAAUUGAUUUACAUUUCUUACGUGAAAAAAACAGCAAACGUGAGAUAAAACUAUUGAAUAUGCUGUUAUUUAUCAAAUCUACGUUCUGGAAAAGUUUCUUUGGCCGUGAAGCUGACAAAUUGGAACAUUCAAAUGAUGAUGAUUCAACUUAUUAUAUUAUUGAAAAAGAACCAUUAGUAAAUAAAUUCAUUUCAGUUCCUAAAGAUAAAGGUAAUUUAAACUGUGCUGUAUUUGUUGGUGGCAUAAUUGAAGGAAUACUAAAUUCAUCAGGUUUUAAUGCUAAAGUCACUGCACAUUGGCACAAAGGUACUACUUAUAUGGUAAAAUUUGAGGACCAUGUUAUAACAAGAGACAAACAAAUGGAUGAACGUUAACAUUAUUUUAAAUCAAAUAUCUAUUUUUGUUGCUGUUAUCUGAACGAUUUUUAUAAAUUUGUAGUAAGUUAAACAUUCUCUUCCAGAGUAAACUGAAUACAAUAUAAACAUCCAAACUAAAUAAAGAA